CGGGGCGGGCACCCUCCCUGUCAGGCAGCGCGAGGAGCCGAGAGCGCCCGGUGCGCAGCAGCGGGGAGGGUGAGCGGCCGGCGCCACGGAAGCUCCAGGCGGGAAUGGAGAGCCGAGAGUUGUCAGGCCCCUCCGCGCUGACCGAAGUGACCGAUGAGCAGGCGACGACAGAUGUACGCAGGCCCCUUGUGCUCAAGAUCCGCAACAUGCAGGACAUGAGGGAGUCUGAGGAGGACGCGGAGGCGCCGGAGAAGGCGGGCGAGCACGACCGGCGAGACAGGCGCAAGGGGCGUGAUGAGUCCGGCAGGCCCCGCAAGUCCGGCGGAGCCUACGACCCCUGCGACCCCUGCGACCCCUGCGACCCCUGCGAUCCCUGCGACCCCUGCGACCCCUGCGAUCCCUGCGACCCCCCCUGCGACCCCUGCGACCCCUACGACCCCUGCGACCCCUGCGAUCCCUGCGAUCCCUACGAGCCCUACGAGCCCCACAGGCCCUGCGAGCCCGACGAGCCUGACGAGCCCGACGAGCCCGACGAGCCCUAUGGACCCUGCGAGCCCCAUGAGCCCCACGGCCACUACAAGCCCUACGAGCCGCGUGCGCCUCGCGCGUCCCACAAGGCCCACAAGGCCCGCAAGGCCCGUAAGCCCCACCAGCCCCGCAAGUCCAUCCAGGUCGAAGAAAUCCAGUUUCCUCCCGGGACGGCAGUGAUGAUCUCCCCGUCUCUGAUCACCAGAGCCCCGGCGCGGCCUCAGCGGUCUUCCCUGCGCGCAAAUCUUGUCUACGGUGGCUUUACAAGGACACGUUCUUUUUCUAGGAAGAAAAUGCAAGAACUUUCUAGGCCUAAAAAGCAAUGGGGAACUCCAGAUAGACAACUGUUGUGGGGAAAUCAGGAUUCGAUUCGCCCUGUUUCCCAGGGUGCUUUGCAGGCUCAGCUGACCCAAAGGCUUGAAGACCUUGCACAGCACAAGAAAGUCUCCUGCCUCUACAUACCUAACAGGGCUCAAUAUUACUACAGCUGUGGAAGAGGGUCUGUAAUUUGGGCAAUCCCCCCAUCUGCACUGGUUAGCCGACCCUCCAAAAGGAUCCAGAGGCUGGCACAGCCCAACAGAUUCAAAAGACAGUAUCUACCAGAUAGAUCAUCAAGCAAUUACUCAACAAGAGGGUCUCUUCAACUCCCUGAUCCUUCUCCCCGGAUAUUACGACUCUCCAUAGCCAAAGGCACAAAUCCGGACUAUCUUCCUCCAAAAGACAUUGCAACCAAUAUUCCAGUUUCUACCCUGCAUGCUAUUGCAUCUCCAAGAAUUGUAGACCUUGCCCACCCAAGGCUCAAGAUAGAGGGCCUGUGCUAUGAAAGACAAAGAAGUGAACUGCCCAUCCGUCCCGUAGCCCUGGCCGCCAAGCAAGCCGUUGCUGGCCCCCGAACAAUCGCUCUAGCCAAGCCCAAGCCUCUUCAUCGAGAUUAUCUCCCCAUCCGGGAUACCUACUGGCCAGUGUCUUACGCUGCCACCCACUGCAGAGUGUCGCCCAGAAUCUAUGAACUAGCUAAUCCAAAUGCAAGGUCUCCUAUGCAUAUUGUGUACUACGACCCAGAGGUCUUUAACGUCAAGCCGUCUGCUUUGAAAGCUCAAUGUUCCCAGAGGGUCCGGGCGUUGUCACAGCCUCUUAUACGUUAACUGCAGACAGCCACAUCCGUUAGACCCCAGUUAUCUAUUGAGAACACAUAACUUAAGAUGACUUAGUUCCCUAUUAAGGUACUGUCAGUUUAUAUUCUGUCCCCUUAAAAAAAAAAAAGAAAGAUCUCCAGGAAACAGCACCAUGAUCUUCAAAUAGCCACUGCUGCUGUGACCUGUCUACCUGUCAUCGUGUGCUUAGCAGAUGUGGGGACUCUGGCAUGCAAUAAAAGGGACAAUGAGAGCCUG